AUGAAACACAUCAUUACACCGAACAUAACGGACGAGAACCGGCCACCCGAGUUAAGUUUGCGGCUACUCGGACUGGCGGUUGGAGUGUCGAAGCACCAAAUUCUGAACCACCCCCGCGGCGUGCUUAGCUAUGCAAACGACGCACAAGAUCCCGUGAUUAUUGGGAGGCUCUUGAGCGACGCCAAUUUGGAGUACACAGACUACUUCGAGCUUCCAACGCGUGCAGAUUCAGGAUCGGAGCUGGGCGUCACUGUGGUCGGCGUCAUUGGUGACACUUUACUCUCAAGUGUCGCAUGGCUCAUGGGCUCGCCUCUGGCCGGAAUGGAUCUUUACGAUUCAUGUAUUUUGGCUGUCCGUGUCUCUGGCGCGAUACAACUGAUACCGUCGUGUCGCGUGCUCUCCGGUCGCAUCGCCGACGAACAAGUCCCGGACCCCGAGACGACGUUGCCUUCCAACUUCCGACCCAAAGGCGCAGCGAACGAGGGUUACAACAUUAGCUGGCGGUACUGGAUACCAUGCGGCGGGAAGAUGUGGUUGUGGUACAGCACACCGUGGGCGACUACCACAAAGGUCGACUUGGGUAUCACGGGUACGAAGAAGAUGACAGUCACAACAGGAGAUGACAUCACCAAAGAGCUCUUGUCCGGGACGUUGCAGAUCAGUAUGAGCGAUGUACAAGCCGUUGAAGAUGCUAUCGCGCAGUCUGCGAGGGCGGGUACAAUUCUGCAAAAUAUGUUAAGAGAAGAUUUCACACGAUUCGAGAAGAGCGCAGAAUCGUAG